GUAGAAAAGAUGAUUUUGAGGGGACUGGAAUAAAUUUGACUGUGAAUAAUAGGUUACCAAAAACUAUUUUGUACUACUCAAUCGUGAAUUUCAACUGGCAUAUAUAGCACGGCACAUAGCAGCACCGAUCUUAAAUAGUUAAGAGCACGCAGUGAACUCAAGGAGAGGUAUUGAUCAAUCCCUCGUUGGUAUACAAAAUGGACUGUAUGUUUGCGCGUGCGUAUUCUGUCAGGGGAAGGCUUCACCGGUGAUAGUUUAAAACCCACCAUGCAUGCGCAGUUUGUGUUUGGAUUUUUGAAAAAAAAAAAAAAAAUCUACGCCAUAUUGGAUCGGUGUAGUGUAUACCAGUUUCUAGCAUUUAGAAAUUAGCGGUUCUUGUUUCGUUCGGGCUUGUGUAGCUUACUUUGUUGGUUUUAAAAAGAAAAAAAAAAAAUCGGGUUUACUGUCGAAGUUUAAAGGACUAAACGCGUGCAUUUUAACAGGAAACGGGAUUCAGGAAAGGUUUGUUAGAUUACAGAAGUUGAAUGGAUCCGAGGGUAGCUUGGAUUCAGCCUGAACAGAAUGGACCUGCUAAUGCCUUGUGGAUGCAUAUAUGGGAGACCUCUCAGGGAGUCCGGACCAAUUCAAGCCACCACUAUCACCACAAUCUCGCUGUCAACUCGCCGGCUUUGGACGCCAGUUUUUUAAAAAAUGGAACAGCUGCGGCGACUAAAAGCUGCUGUAGCAGCCAUCAGAGCCGUGUUGCUAACCAGAGUAUUAGCAGCAGCAAUGUUACUAUUUCUUCCAGCGUUUCAAACAGCAACGUAAACUGUCCCCCUUCUACCCAGUACAUCAGCGCGUCAAGGGUAGGAGAGGGGAAAAGGUUGCAAAAGACCCUCUCUCUAUCAUCUUCAUCUACGUCCUCCUCUGUGGAGUCUGGCACGGAAAGCCCUUCGUCCACAUUUUCUUUGGCAAGGACUAGUAAUGGUGAUAUCAAUAACAAGUCUGCUGGUAGCAACUUAUUUUUCAAUUUCAGCGAGAAUUUGCACAAUGUGAAUAAUCACAGCCACCACCAGCAACAGCAAAACCACAAUCGCCAGAAUUAUCACGGCACUACUACGACUACUAUUAACAACCAUCACCCAGGCCGGAGAAAAAGUGAAAAUAAAGCGAGCACCUACGGGAUAAACUACCUGCUUUCCAGCUGGAGCAACGGCAACUAUCAGCUUUGCUCCGGGACCCCCUGGAAAAAAAGGAAGUAUAGCCCAGGCAUUAAUGGCCUCCAUGAAGAGAUUAUUGACUUCUAUAACUUCAUGUCUCCACGUCCUCAAGAAGCAGCUAUGCGUGAAGAUGUGGUGAGGAGGAUAGAAACGGUUAUAAAAGACCUAUGGCCUACAGCCGAUGUUCAGAUUUUUGGCAGCUUUAGUACAGGUCUUUAUCUCCCAACAAGUGAUAUUGAUUUGGUUGUCUUUGGGAAAUGGGAGCGACCCCCUUUGCAGCUAUUGGAACAAGCACUACGGAAACACAAUGUGGCUGAGCCUUACUCAAUUAAAGUCCUUGACAAAGCUACGGUACCAAUAAUCAAACUCACUGACCAAGAGACUGAAGUGAAAGUAGACAUCAGUUUCAACGUAGAAACUGGUGUGAAGGCAGCUCAGUUUAUCAAGGGCUACAUUCAGAAAUAUACCAUCCUGCCUUACUUGAUAUUUGUAUUAAAGCAGUUCCUCCUUCAGAGGGAUUUGAAUGAGGUUUUUACUGGCGGGAUUAGCUCUUACAGCCUCAUUUUAAUGGUCAUCAGCUUCCUGCAGUUGCACCCAAGAAUUGAUGCCAGAGGACCCAAUGUAAAUCUUGGCAUUCUUCUGAUUGAAUUCUUUGAGCUUUAUGGAAGGCAUUUCAACUACUUGAAAACCGGUAUUCGGAUUAAAAAUGGAGGCGCUUAUGUUGCCAAAGAAGAAAUCAUGAAAGUCAUGGCAAACGGCUACAGACCGUCAAUGUUGUGCAUUGAAGACCCUUUCUUGCCAGGAAAUGAUGUGGGCAGGAGUUCCUAUGGUGCCAUGCAAGUGAAACAGGUGUUCGACUAUGCCUACAUUGUGCUUGGUCAUGCUGUAUCGCCACUUGCAAGGUCUUACCCCAACAAAGACUCUGAGAGCACUUUAGGUCGAAUAAUUAAAGUGACCCAAGAGGUUAUAGAUUACAGGGAAUGGAUCAUAAAGAAGUGGGGAGGGAGAAGCAGCCCACGGUUGGAUACUUGUGAUCCAGGUAUAAAGACAUCUGAGCAGAUAGAGCACAGCGGCCUGAGUCUUGUGAGUGAGCAACUGCAGAACCGUGAUUCUGUGUCACCACGUAGCAUGGAUUCCCCGAUGUCCAUGUCCAGCCCCCAGCAGCACUCCUGCAGCUCAUCGGCGUCCUCUGUCUCAUCGCUGUCUGGAAGUGACAUUGACUGUGAUUCAACUCCUUGUCCAGCCACGAACAUUCACCCAUUUCCAAUCCAAGUACUACCUUUGGCCUCUCUAGCGCCUGCACUGCAAAGGCCGAAUGGGAAGCAGAAUCUGUCUGGGGCAUUAAUAAUGUCUUCCAGCUCCCAGGCAAGACUGUCUAUGCCAGGUGCCCUUGCUGUUACAUCACUGCCUGGCAGACGUGUUUGUAUAGAAGGGGCACCUCCUUUGAAUGCGGUCUUUCAUAUGCCCCCUCCGGCUGCUCCCCCUGCCCCACCCAGCCCUCUGCCAAGUCCCCACCUGCACCACAAGAUGCACAACGGGCCAAAAUAUUCCAUAAAAGGAGUCAAUGUCCCAGGGACUGCCCACAACCCCAUGAUGGGGGCCAUGAAGCAGCCCGUUAACACCCGGGGGCAGAACCAGUACAACCGCAACACCUGGCGAAGGAGGAAGCAUACGAGAGAAAUCUUACCUAUCAGCCUUAGCAGAUGAGAAGAUUGCUUCCCUGUCUUGAAGCUGGAGUUCACUGACCUAUAAUUCUUAUAAAUGCCAGACCGAGGAACAAGACCAGCAUUCUCUAAUUCGGCCUCUGGGUAUGCCUGUAUAUCUGCGGCUGAUUCUUUGCAUGUUUCCUAUACGGUGUUCAAGAAACCAUCUUGCAGAUGGUAUUAUUCAGUGCUGAAUAUCUGUGAAGACUUGUUUUUGGAUGUUCAUAUUUAUUUUUUUAAACCAUCUUUUCUCCAUUCAGUGAUGGACACGGCUCAUGUCGGUGACCUACAGGAGCGUGAGGAAGCAACAGCGCUUCUGUUUUAAGCACUACUGUCAAAUGGCAAGUUAAUGACUUCUACCCUUUUGUCUUUUUUCAAAGAUGACCUGUCCCAGAUCAUCCCGGCAAUGCUGCCUUUUUUCUUUUUUUUUCAUACUCAUUGCAGACUUUUUUUACUAUGUACAUAAUGAAACAAACUGUUUAUCAUUUGUGCAAUAACUGUUUUUAGGAAAAAAAGUUGUAUUUAAUUUUUAUGGGUGUCAUAUGUUUAAGUUAUAUCAAUGUUGAAAUGUUUAGUUUUUAUUUUUUUAUUAUAGCUUUGAGUUUACAAACCUUUCCCAGGUUACAUUCUUUUUCAGGUUUAACAUUUUAAAGGGUGGGUGCGGGGGGAGGGGAGAUGAGUCAAAUGAAAGCACAGUAAAUUAGGAACAGAGUUAAAUGGGUGUUAAUGUAUGUAACCUGUGUUUAUGCAAGGGACACAAAAGCAUUUGCUUAAGUGGUACCCAGUAAACCGAAUGUGGAGAAAGGAAUUAUUUUGAUUCCGUUCGGGGAAUCUGUAUAGCAGUAUGCAUUUGUUCUGUUAAGAGCAACACAAUCUAAUCAAACCUUACCAAGUACUUGCUCGAAGUAUUAUAUUUUUUACAGUAUUGCAACAUGGUGCAGCAAGUAUCUAGUGCACUCACUGUAUUGCUGGCAUGUAGAAGACAGGUAUACUAUGCAAGUUUCUUCCCCAUGGUUUUCCAUGGUGACCACUUGUUACCAUUUUGAACUAAGAAUCAGACUGCCUAGCCAUGAGUUUUAAAAGCACCACGGUGGUUCCAAUGGACAAGUCCCAAUCUUCCAUGAUGCCUGAAGCUGUUUGUUUUAAAUUGCAGUGACCUGUUUCCAGUGAGCACCUACUAGGUGAUACAGUGGUUGAAAAUGUAUUUUAAGGGGCUUUUCCUUAACUUCCAGAAUGUUGGUUUUGAAAGAUUUUUUUUAGCCGAGUUUCAUACGCUGCUGUUUUAAAGGCAUAACAAAUAAGAUCGGUAUAUCUUUAGCAGCAAGAAAGUCAUCUGCCAUGUUGCCUGUUACAUGCAAUUAUUUAGAUAAUGGUUUUCACUUUUGUUACUAGAUUCCAGUGUAGACUAGCAAUUUACAGUUCAACAGUCAUUUAAAUCUGAAAAAGACUAAUAAUUAGACCAAGUGCAUUACAGGAAAUGCCAUCAUGUUUCAUUCAACAGGAUAUGGAUUUAUCCAGGUUUAUAUAAACAUGCAGAAGUACUGUACAAAACAGUACUAGUAUUUAUGCAGACAAUACUCAAAUUGGCUUUUGCUGUUACUAUCUUUUAAAUCUGGCAGGCAUUUUAGUGCUAGAUUUCUCACAUCAUGCACCAUUAGUUAUGAACGAUGAACCAGAACUUUGUUGCCUGGCUGCCACUGUGGUUAUAUCUUAAUUGGUCACAACACAGAAGGAAGUAUCAUGUUUAAAAGUUUGUUUUGUUUUUU